AUGAACGCCACAAAGUAUCACGCAGAGAACGAUACUGCGUCCAUUCAGCCCGGCUCCAGGUGGGGUCAAGUUUACCGGACCCUUGAGGGUCAGGGCAUCGCUGUUGCCGGAGGACGUGCUUCGUCGGUUGGUGUCGGAGGAUUCAUCCUCGGCGGCGGUAUCUCCUACUACACUGGGAAAAGGGGGCUGGUCUGCGAUAGCGUCGUCAGGUUCGAGGUCGUACUGGCCAACGGUGAUGUUGUUCUUGCCGAUAAGAAGAAUCACUCCGACCUUUUUGUUGCCCUCAAAGGGGGCUCCUCCAAUUUUGGUAUUGUCACUCGCUUUGAUCUUGAGACUUUUCCAUCUACAGCUAUCUGGGGAGGCAUAGUCAUGUAUCCAAAGGUUGUAGGACCGCAGAUGAUCAAUGUUCUGUCGGCCUUCACAGCAAACAUUGGAGAGGACCCGGCAAGCUCUUCGAUUGUGGCUUGGCUAUACCUGCCGACAGUCAAGGACACCCUGAUCAUGGCCACGUAUGAGAACAAUGAAGGUGUUAUCAAAGCGCCAGCUUUCAAAGAGUACUUGGCAGUCCAGCCCCAGAUCUCUUCGACUUUGCGAGUCACGAACUGGACAAGCAUAACAGAAGAACUUGGAGACCCGGGGGGGUUAGACAAAUCAUGGUUUACCUUGACGUUCAAGAAUGAUGUGCGCGUCAUGCGAAAAGCUGUUGAACUUCACGAGGCGCUGGUCGAGGAGAUGAAGGAUACCAUAGGCGAGGAGGGUUUCUCCACCAUAUGUAUGCUCCAGCCUCUGCCUGCCAUAACCAGCAGGCUAGCAGAGGGAAAAGGCGGCAAUGUGCUGGGUCUCGAGAGGCUUGAAGAGAAUGCUAUUCUUUUCCUUGCCUCAAUGGGGGUCGUGGAUCCUGAAUUUGCACCGCUUGGUAUGAAAAAGGCACAAGAUUGGGUUGGGGCGGUGGAAGCCUAUGCAAAGUCUCUCGAUGCUGACAUCGAGUACCUAUUCCUUAACUACGCACAUGGAAGUCAGAGUCCUCUCCGGAGUUACGGGUCCGAAAAUGUUGCCAAAAUGAAGAAGGUAGCGACCAAGUACGAUCCAGAUCAGGUUUUCCAAAUAUUACUUCCUGGUGGCUUCAAGAUCUCUCAAGUUGACGAAGCCACCGUCAUUCGAGAUGAGUUGUGA